CACUAAAAUGACCACGAUACAUGACUUGUCCAAUAACCUGAAGGAAUUUUUGUGUAAAAUUCACUUUUCGUCAAGUUGUGACGAUACUUGUGACGAGCCUCGGAAGUAUUGGGUUGUCAGAAGGAGAAUUCGGUCGCUGAACGUUCAUGUCGAAUACAUGUUCUGUUCAUAGAAUUUAUUUUAAAUUUAAAAUAAUUUGAACCCAUAACAAAUAUUUGUUAAUUUCACUUGAUGCGUUCAGAAUUUCGAAAUUUGUUCAAAAUUUCAACAGAUUUCUUCAGUCUGUUGGGUAAGUCAUAUAGUACAUAUAAGUCUCGACCCUCAACGCGUUGAACACCUCGGAAUGUUCCCUUGUAUGUAAAUCUGUCCAUAUUUAUGUUGGACACACCAAAAUCAAAUCACCCUUUGCCAAAAGUACUAAAAGCUAUAAUUCCAAAAUUUCAAUAAAAUCGGAGCGUGGCACCUAACACCAUCGCGUUAUGAGGCGUGUAUAUUUCAGAACGGUACGUACUGACCCUGGACGGAUUGGGGGACCAUGGGCGCGCGAUUUUGAGGUGUACCCUUCCCGCCAACUUCUUCCAGCUGGGGUGUUGCUGCUUGCUCUAUUACUUAAUGCCCUACCAGCCCUGGUACCUCACGAGCUACUUCUACUCACCGGAUAACCCCAGGUGGUGGCUUAUCCCGGGCGUUAUCCAUGAGUGGAUAGAGGCGGGCCAGACGAUCAGCGUGUUCUGUCUCCUUGCCUGGGUCACCGUUUCGCACGGAAACUGUGUCGAAUUCUGGUUGAUGGAGGCACAUCAGAACAACGAGACGGGCUACACGAUCGACCAAUUGCGCGAGUCUCACACGGCCGUCGAGCUCUACCGCUCGCUCCAAGUGCUGACGGGCCUCCUCAACGAGUGCAUCUCUCCGCUAGCCUUUCCCUUAAUGAAGAUGAUCAACUGGACCGCGGUCAUUUCCUGCGGUUACGUAAUGAUCCGCUCCAUGAACCAAAAGUUCCUCGACGAGUUUCCCGCCAUCCUGACGUACCCGUUCGGCGUGAUCGUAUGCGGUUCUUGCGGCUACGGGAUGCUCCAAAUGGCAGCGGAAAUGUUUGACAUUGCGACCUCCUUUCUGAACUCGUGGUCGCAAACGAGACACAAAAAUUUGCGGAGGAUCCUCACCUCGUGCGCGACUCUGCGCAUCAACGUCGGUAGAUUCUACUUUGUCACCAUUUCCACCACGAUCACCUAUUUUCAAAAAACAUUCGACUACAUUAUCGAUUGCAUUAUUACGUUUCCGUAGAAAAACUGCUUUUUACCUUCUCAAUUAAAUAUUACACUCUAAAAAAUAUGAAUGGAUACCUACCAUUUUGAAAAGCACUUGUCUGAAUUUUGUAUUAAGUAAACCAAACCAUAUCCAUAAUAGUGAAAACUUAAAAGAAACAAGUACUUUAAAAUUAGUGUCAAUUAUUUAAUAUAGAAUUCAGAGUGCAUUUAUUUUUCAAAAUGGUAAUAUUAUUUUUAAGAGGGUAUCAACAUAGGGAAAAAUAGGUAUGCAUAUGCAUUUGUAGUCAGUUAGAAUUUCUUCAGAUCUGUAAAAUGUUACUGUAUAGAUUAUUAAACACAAUAAAAUAUAAUGUGUUAAAUAUGAUACUAUGAUACUACAGAUAAGUACCUCCUCAACAUCAAUGUAAUUUCAAUUUAUCUAAUUUUGGUAAAUUUUCACCACUAACUAACAUUCUGUAUUGGUUGAUUAAUAUUUAUUCUAAAGAUAAUCUUCGGCCGAAGAGUUGUUGGUUAGUUAAAGGCUUACGCAGUUAUUUCACAAAAUACCAAGGUAAAUGUGCUCGCACGUGCAUAUUACCUACGUAUUAUGUAUAAUUAUGUAUACCUAUUUAUAUUUAAUUUAUCGGUUGGACUUUCCACGAACAAGCUGCACAACAGUAUAAUUAAAAUUACACCUACAUAAUCCAAAUUUCGAACUACAUAUUUUAAUUAAAUAAAGAUAUAAAGCAUUUGGGUUUUGAAAUUCCAAUAAGAAAAUUUGAAAAUGCGCAAGUAAUUGGUUUUCCUGGUACAUCGACAUACAUAUUUACUAGUUUAUAUAUUUAUUUAGAGAAGCUAUGGCAUUAUAAUUCAAUUAAGAUAUGUAAUUAUUGAGCCAUUUUAUUAAAUACAUCCUACACUAGACGAAAUUCUAUAACAAUUUCUCUCUUCAAAACACUACUUGAUUAAUAAUACUAAUUACUGCAACAUAUUUUAGAAAUUUGGCAAACAAUUUCACCAUGGAUUAAGAAAUUUCCAAUACUUCGCAGACAACUACACUUUAGAUAAGUCACGUACUUAAAUCCGGAAUUAUUCUACAAUGACUAAAUACAUUUAUGAAAAAUGGUGACCAAGGAAGAUUCCUAUGUGUUGCAACGCUACCUCCGCAUUGCGGAGUAUCUGAAGUGUUUACCCGUCAAAUGGGACUCGGUCAAGGGCAUAAUUGUUAUAAGAUCAUCAAAUCAACAAAAGUUCGUCAUUUUGACCAUACUUGCUCACUUCUUGGCAACAUUAUGUCGCCUAUAUUCCACUACAUUAUACCCAUCCAGCAUUCUGAACCGGGCCGAAGCUGCAUUUGGGGCGAUACUGUACGCGUACAUGUUCAUUAUACGGUUGGAUAUCCCAGUCGACUACGGUACAGUUGAUACCGUAAAUUUUAUGAUCACUUCAAAAAACUCGGAAGCUCGUAAGUUACCAAAUUCACUAGGUCCACCUGAUAUCAAUUUACCAGAGGGGGGAAAUACUUUGCGAAGAUACAUUAUUUUGAGCUCAGUAAUUCCCAGGGUUUGGAUUUCCAGAAUUAUUACAAACACAAAAAGGUGUGUGGAGAAUGCCGCAGUCAUACGAAAAUACAGAAUCUUACUUUGUAUUGAAAUACUUUGUAUUUUGUCGCUGACAAAAUACAAAGUGUUUACGAUUUUCUAAACAUGAAGUAUUUUUACCCCGAUAAAAGUAAAUUUCUUUAGCACACCUGUAUUUUCGACUGACAGUUAUCUCCCCCGUGUAUUAUACCCAUUCUGUGGGCAUAAGUGACCCGGAAAUAAAAACCCUGGGAAAAACAAAGCAGAAAAUACACUAUUUUCAUAACCCCACAAUUUACAUAUUUAAAUUUUAUCGAGUCUCUAACAUACAUACUACUGUUUCAGCGGGCACCUAGAGUUCCAAAAUAAAUGUGUGUAUUGACUUGUUCACACACGCUGUGGGAACGAACACCAUUAUACUUUCGCUACUUUUAUCAAUCUUAACAAUUUUUGCCCCAUGUCAACCUCUCGUCCUGAGUUCGCUUAUCUGUCACGAUGAGAGGUUUCUUAUCAAUGCAGGAUUACCUUACCGGCCCAUGAUUCUCAUUCUUUUUGCAUCCUCAGAAUUGCUAUUGUUCAUAACGGCUGCAAUUUCAGGUUUAUAUUACAAUUUUGGGGUCUUACUAAAAGGUGUCGCGUACCUAUGGAUUGAUUGUAAAAAUUUUGUAAAUCGUUAUGAACAUGGUCUCGUCACGAUUCUGGAAUACAGAAAGGUUCAGGCUUUCGAAAAGUGUCUAAAUUCCUGUAUUAGAUCUCGAAUAUUCUUCUGUAGUGCACUAACAGUUCCUACAAUUCAAAUUACCCUGUGUUAUGUCGCCAUUAAAUCGUUCCAGUCCGAUGACAGAAACACCUUUAAGGGGGCAAUGUUCUUAUGGACUUACUUUAUGGCGAUGGGUUUUACCAUGAUGAUGUUCACGGUAGGGGCAAAGAUUAGUAAUCUGAGCAAGAAUUGGAUUUCUCGAAGCAGAUGGAAUAUUAAGAGAAAGUGGGAGAGGAAAGUGCACAAAUCUCUGGCCCCGUUAAGUCUUAAAUUUGGUAAUAAUUUCGUCGAAAGAUUGACACCCCUCGUAGUGCAGGAAUUCUGUGUGCGACAAACGGUUUCAUUUCUACUCGUAUCGGAAUGAGUUUUGAAAGGUAUUAAACUAGUUUUGAGCAUGUAACUCUUCUUACGGACUCGAAUUCUCAACUUUUAUUCCGAAAAGUACGAUUCCUCGGCCGUGUAAAUAAUUGGAGUUGGACGAUGCGGGAUAAGUUGUGUAAAUGUAGGACACAUUUUACUAAUGCGGGUUAAUUAUUUUAUAAGUU